CGCGGACAGUGCGGUCAGGUCGGGGCGGCGGUGGGAGCGGGAGUGAGAACGUGAGCAGCGGGACGGGGCGAUGAGCGACAGUGGGGAGCAGAACUACGGCGAGCGGGUUAAUGUUGAAGAAGGAAAAUGCGGAAGUCGCCAUUUGACAAGUUUUAUAAAUGAGAAUUAUUUGAAGCUCAGGAAUAAGUGAAGCUGAAAUUUGAAAAAAAAGAAAGUGAAUGCAUGCUAAUUAUCAGACCAGAAGUCCCACUUGUAGAAUAUUGAGCAAUUUGUGUGAAGUGGGGAAGAUGAAAGAAGUCAGAAUUUGAAACGGAAGAAUGAAGAAAAGGAAUAAAAAUGAAGUUAAGAUAAGAAGUAAUCUGGAAUCUGAAAGCACUACGCUAACCCGUAGGUAAAAGAGGAAUUGUGUCCAAAUUAGGCUUUCAAUAUCUGCGUGCAGGAAUCCCGCUCUGCUUCCAGAAGUGGAAGUGCUCAUGGAUCUGGCAAGUCGGGGAGACACACCCCUGCAAGAUCUCGCUCUAAGGAGGAUUCCAGGCGCUCCAGGUCAAAAUCUAGAUCCAGGUCUGAAUCCAGAUCUAGAUCAAGGAGGAGUUCCCGCAGGCAUUACACACGCUCCCGCUCCCGGUCCCGCUCCCACAGGAGAUCCAGGAGCAGGUCGUACAGUCGGGACUAUCGACGCCGGCACAGCCACAGCCACUCCCCCAUGUCGACUCGAAGACGUCACAUCGGGAACAGGGCAAAUCCUGACCCAAACUGUUGUCUCGGGGUGUUUGGGCUGAGUCUCUACACCACAGAAAGGGAUCUGAGAGAAGUUUUCUCCAAGUACGGGCCCAUUGCUGAUGUUUCCAUCGUGUAUGAUCAGCAGUCCCGACGUUCCAGAGGAUUCGCCUUCGUGUACUUUGAGAAUGUGGAGGAUGCCAAGGAAGCAAAGGAACGUGCCAAUGGAAUGGAGCUGGAUGGAAGAAGGAUCCGGGUAGACUUCUCCAUAACGAAAAGACCUCACACACCUACCCCUGGAAUCUACAUGGGAAGACCCACUUAUGGCAGCUCCCGACGACGAGAUUACUAUGACAGAGGGUACGACAGAGGGUACGACGACAGGGACUAUUACAGCAGGUCAUACAGAGGAGGAGGCGGCGGUGGAGGAGGAGGCUGGAGAGCUGUUCAGGACAGGGAUCAGUUUUACAGGAGGAGGUCACCGUCCCCCUACUACAGCCGAGGGGGCUACAGAUCCCGGUCCAGAUCCCGGUCCUACUCACCUCGUCGCUAUUAAAGCAUGACACGUAGAGGAAUUUCUAGCUACAGCCUCUGAGUUGAAAUUGCAAGUUUGUGGACAAUAUUUUUUUAUUGUCUCUUCUGUUUAACCAGGUCACAGUGCCUAGUGAAUUAGGUGACUUUGACACCUUUUAUGAGGACAACUUCUGUGGUGUUCAGUGCUGUUUCAUUCUGCAUAUUUGUGUAGUUGGUGCUUUGUUUCCAGUUGUGUUUUGAAAGGAGUAUGUUUUGCAUGUAUUUUUUUAGUCUCCAUUUUGACUCCUGAAGGGUUUCUACUUUAAAGACAAAACUGUGCAGGUAGUUUUUUCUACUGAUUCCAAGUUACUCCUCCCAAGAUCCAAACCUGUGUAAAAUGCUUUCCGAAAGUGAAAAAUAAAAGAAAAAGAAGUUUGGUUUUUUU